AUGGCCGAGCGGAGUGUUCUGCGCAAGGACCAGCUGGAACUCAGCUUACACAAUGAAAAGAAGUUGAUUAAAGAGGGGACGAUCAAGGAUGAUAACCCACUGGACCUCAGUGAGCCUUUUCGUGAACUCUGCAGUGCUUGCCGGAAGGGCGAUCUGAAAGUCUGCCAGGAGAAGAUCACCGAGGGGGUCAAUGUCAACGCCCGGGAUCCAUACGACUAUACACCGUUGAUUCUGGCUAGUUUGUGCGGGCACUAUGAAGUGGCGCAACUACUGCUCGAGUCCGGCUCAUUAUGCGAGCGAGAUACGUUUCAAGGUGAACGAUGUUUAUAUAACGCCCUCAACGACCGGAUACGAAAUCUGCUUCUCGCAUAUGACUAUUCCAAAUCCACAGAUCCGCUGCAACCGCUGGCUGCCCAUAUAACGUCUCUGCUUACGCGGGAAUCUCCUGUGACGGCUGACAUCGUCGUCACGGCCGGUGACGAAUCUCUUUACUUACACAAGUUCGUUCUCGCAGCACGCUCCCCAUACUUCCGCGGCAAAUUAGCAGGUGCGCCUGCGACAGCGACAUGGAAGCUCCCGGCCAGCAUCCCGCCAGAAGCAUUUGGCGCCGCGAUGAAAUACCUGUACUUUGGAGAUCCCCCUCGGGAAUUGAGAAGUGGGCCCGGAACCGGAUAUACCGAAACGGAGGUUUUUGCUGGCGUCGACAAGAUAGCCAAGUAUCUGGAGAUCCGUAGUCUCGUGGACAGUAUCCUCGAUAGCGGAGAUCGCAGACUGGCGAGACAACGGAGGACUACGGAGCUUGCCAAGGGACGAGACCAACUGGAAGAGUGGUUCCGGGAGAAUGUCCUUGGAAACAGAGUGGUUGUGGAGACCUCGAAGGCAAAUGAGGUGAAAUGGGAUCGGAACAAUGCGAUCUUCGCAGAUGUUCUCCUUCGCGCCGAUGAAUUACCAGAUGAGACGGAGGAUGAUCCAAACGACGCAACGGUCAUGCAGCCUGGCUCACUUCCCAUCGGCCCUGCAUCCUUCACACCCGGUUCCAGAGCAGCCGAGGUAGGGACUUCAACUUUGUUUCCUUGCCACCGUGCCAUGCUACUUCGAUCCGAGUUCUUCCAAGUCAUGUUCUCAUCUUCAUUCCGGGAGGCCCAUAUGAAGGACCAUCUGAACAUCAUUGAUGUCGAUUGUUCGCCCGAAGUUUUAGAAAUCAUCCUGACCUUCCUGUAUACCGAAAAGGCCGACUUCCCCUUGGAUGUUGCAGUGGAAGUAUUGUUCGCGGCUGAUAUGCUGUUCAUCGAGAAACUGAAAGCAAAGGCCGCCGUGGUCAUCAGCACUCUGGGAAGCGGCGGCAUGUCACAAGUCAACGCAGCGAGGACCCGUGGAAAGGAAGAUGAUGAGAUUGAUAUAUAUUCGAUCAUCCGGGCUGCCUGGCUGACGCGGGUCCAGCGACUGGAGGAAUUUGGCGCUCGGUACCUGGCCUAUCGAUUGGAAGCGCACAUCGACUCGCCCGAGUUUGCAGACUUGAUACAGGAAUCCGCGUCUCGGAUUCAAGCGCGACAAGAAACAGACUCGAUUGAGUUACUGGAUGAUAUCCGCUUUUAUCUCAAUGAACGCUUCAGACUGCGCUUUGAUGAUGCAGGCAUUGAAGAGAUGAUGGAGGACGGAGCGGUCCCGGAGAAUGUCGCAGACGCACAGGAUAUGGAGAAGAUCACCGGUGGAGUUGAGUCUCUCGAUGUGUCCAAGAAGACAGAUGCGGCCGUUGCGACAGAGACAACCUCUCAAAAACAACACGUCCAUGUUCCAGAGAUCCGGACCUUGGAUGGUGCACUCGUUGAGGACGAAUUUGAUGAAGAUGCGAUGAACUACGAGAUUUUGAUGGGCAAGUUGGACACGCUUUUGGAGAAUCUCAACCUUGACGCCUGA